CUGUUGAAUCAGAGUGGCGGUGUACUCCGGGCUAGCUGGUUGUUCGCGAUUCUAUGCGUGUUAAAAAAACACCCAUAGUUGAACACCCAUUUUUUAAUGAUCAACCCUCGUUGUUCCUGUUACGAAUUUUUUCGAAGUCGUGACGUCCUCAAACCGUGCGAAUUUCGAUAGUGUCGUAUCGUGGUGUCAUCGAGGGACUUAUUUAUUGUUUUCGCCUCUGAAAUCCUCUUAAAUUUAGUGUUCAGUCGUAUUUUUGCGUUCACAUAAGUUAAACAAAAAUCGCGAACGCGAGUGUCCAGUUGGUGCCCGUAAAAUGAGAAAAAAUUGUCAGUGAUACUUGUCGAAUGUAAUUGAAUUCUCCUAUUACCAUUCUACGAAGUAUUUAAUUUUGUCCCUGCUUGUAUUAACUCGUCGUCCAACAUGGCGGAGAGGACCGUCCAAAAUUUAUCGACAAGUUUCGCAAAGCUCGUGAUCAUUGUUAUUGCUACCAUUGUUUGUGCCGAAACUCAAGAAGUACCACCGGUUGUAUCUGAGACUGGAGCUAUGAGAUACCUGUCGCAGUUCGGAUACCUGCCGCCAGUCAAUCCUGCGAGCGGGGGUCUCAUCUCCGAGGAAACGAUGUACAGGGCAAUUUCGGAGUUUCAGUCCUUCGCUGGAAUCAAUGUGACAGGAACUUUGGACGAAGACACUGCACAUUUGAUGUCUCUACCGAGAUGCGGAGUGAAGGAUAAAGUGGGAGCAAGUUCCGACGGAAGAUCCAAGAGAUACGCUCUCCAAGGUUCGAGAUGGCGCGUUAAGAAAUUGACUUAUAAAAUCAGCAAAUACCCAAGAAUCUUGGAGAGAAAUGCAGUCGACAAGGAAAUCGCUAAGGCAUUCUCAGUAUGGUCGGAAUACACUGAUCUGUCCUUCACGCCCAAGAAAUCUGGACAGGUUCACAUAGAAAUUAGAUUCGAAAAAGGCGAACACGGUGACGGCGAUCCAUUCGAUGGACCCGGAGGCACUUUGGCUCACGCUUAUUUCCCAGUCUACGGCGGGGACGCCCACUUCGACGACACGGAGCAUUGGACUAUCAACAGCUACCGAGGAACCAAUCUCUUCCAGGUCGCCGCUCACGAAUUUGGUCACUCUCUUGGACUUAGUCACAGCGAUAUUAAAUCUGCCCUUAUGGCGCCUUUCUAUCGAGGCUACGAUCCCAACUUUAUGCUAGACAGCGACGAUAUACAGGGUAUCCAGGCCCUCUACGGCCCAAAAACCGAAGACGAAGGCACCGGAACUAAACAUCACCGAACUACCGUCUCUCCAAAUGGAGAGGAGGAUCCUCUGCUGUGCACCGACCCUAAGAUAGACACUAUGUUCAAUUCUGCCGAAGGGCAUACUUAUGCCUUCAAAGACGAGCAUUACUGGAAACUUACGGCAGAUGGAGUUGCUAGCGGGUAUCCACGACUCAUAAGUAAUUCGUGGAAAGGACUUCCUGGAAAAAUCGAUGCCGCCUUCACUUACAAAAAUGGAAAAACUUAUUUCUUCAAGGGUUCGAAAUACUGGAGGUUCGUGGGUAAACGAAUGGACGGCGAAUAUCCAAAGGAAAUAAGUGAAGGAUUCACGGGGAUACCCGACAACAUCGAUGCAGCGACAGUCUGGACAGGAAACGGCAAGAUCUACUUCUACAAGGGCACCAAAUUCUGGAGAUUCGACCCGGCCCAGAGGCCACCCGUUAAGAGCACUUAUCCUAAAUUGAUCUCGAACUGGGAAGGACUUCCGGAUAACCUAGAUGCCGCACUUACCUACAAUGGGUACACGUAUUUCUUCAAAGGCGGCGCCUACUAUCGAUUCAACGACAGAACGUUUUCUGUGGACCUUGCUGAUCCUGCUUUUCCAAGGGCUAGUGGGUACUGGUGGUUCGGAUGCAGAUCGGCGAGCAAAGGGACCUUAGGUAAUGUCCAAUGGCUUGGUGAAUUACCUUCCGAAACAACAAUUUUGUCUGGAAGUCUGGAAGAGAUCGGCGGCAAUCUUGUUGGCGGUUCCGAAGUCCAUGGUGACGUAGGCGACAUCAUUUUAGAUGCAGGAGGCACCGACGAUGAGCUGGCAACGUUUUCGAAUCGAGAUGCUGCCGGUUCAACUGCCGGGAUCAGUGUCGCAGAAGACAGUGCCUACUUGCGUUUGUUCUUCAUCGUUGCGUCUAGUCUCAUCGCCAGGUUCGUCGUUGCUACAUAGACGAGAGCGGACCAUGAGAAAAUUCUCUAGACCCAGUUCGACGAGUUAACCACCGUCGGCUAGGGAAUUUUUGUUUGCCAAAGUCACGACUCGGUUACGGAGAUGUCUUCCAACUCAGCCAUUCCAGUGCAUUCCAGCUACACGAACGUCCGGGAAACAUGAACGCAGCAAGUACAUCUACGCUCUGAAAAGUGAAUUGCGAUGGCAAGUGCGGUACCGUAUGACCAAUCUGAACUGCUGAUACACGUGACGUCAUACUCGAUUGAGAGAUAUGGGACUGGUAUGUGAAAUUACGUGAUCUGUCUUAAUAUCAGAUACUGAUAUCUUAGGAAAUUAACUGACCCAGUGCAUAACCACAUUUAACUGCGAAUCAUCAGCCGAGCUAGUUAAAUAUUUAUAUAAAUUAAAGUAAAAAUAUUUCUGUGCUAAGGUGGAAGACAUACUCGAAAGCUCAUUCAGGUUAGUUACGAUCGAAGCGCCACCGACGGGAAAAUUGCAAGGCACUUGGUGUGGAUGUGUGUACGCGUGCAACUGUACGAAUAUGUAAUGUAAUGUAAUGUAAUGUAUGUGUGUUGUUAGUCCAAGGGAUUCCCAGUGGUUUUUGAAUAAUGGUCAAAAUAAUAGUUUGAUGAUAGAAGCCUUAUGACAUUUCCAGUAUCCAUAAAUAUUCCAGCGUCAUAUCGUCGAAUCUCUACGUUGUAUCGUAUGUCCAAUUCUACAACUUGCCUCAGUAAUGAAUUUCAAGAAGUAUCGCAGAGAUUUUUCCAAAUUUCAAAUCCACUUGAAAAAACGAUUUAACUAAUCCAUUGAAUGUCACAGUCGAGUAAACUUUGAAAUAUUCGUCAUUGUUUGACUCUUCUUUUUAUAAAGACACCGAUAGAGUUAAGAUUAUAGUAAAUUAACGCAUGAGUAGAAAAGUUGAAAAUAUAAUUUUAAUAUUACGCUCCUUUCGAUGUUACGCGUUUUUCUUUCUCGCACGAAUGCGUUGGUCCGAUAAAGAUUACUAAUCGACCUUAACUCCAGAACAGCACAGACUUUUGACAUCAACGCAGAGAUCACACGUUUAUUUCGUCAGAAAACGGCUUACAAAUUGCAAUGUAACUCUGUAGCGGAUCGAGUAACGUAAAUGAACGAAUCACGUGUGUCUCAGAUGCAUGUGCGAUGCUCUAGAGUUAAGCGUUGGAAAUUCAUGCCUAAAAGCAAUCGACGUUCGAUCAUCCUUGAAACCUGUGUUCAUCACUUUUAUAAAUUAAAAAAAAAAUGAGGUGAUAAAAUAUGCUAAAGCAUACGCAAUAUUCCGUCUGACAAGAACUGCGUAUCGUUAGCUAUAUACUCGUAGUAUAGUAACGCGCAUAAAAAUUUUCUUUAAGUUUUGAUGUAUUAGCAGAUGUAAAAAGUAGCGUUGAAAGUGAAAUCGAUAGGUUAAAAAUUCUAAGCAGUUAUGGCGAAGAUAAUUAUCCGAAAUAGAAGCUUGAGUUUUAAUAGAAAACAAUUAAAUGGCACAAAAUGAUUUCUCUUCCACACUGCCUCCGUGAAGUAAACAUAACCUCCUUGUCUCAGCUCUUCUCAAUGACCGAAGUAAUAAUGUAUCGUAUUUCCUAAGGCGAAGGCUUACCAGCAAUUAUUUCUUGCUACGAUUACUUUGUUAACAGACUGCCGUAUCGACAAGGAACAAUUAACGGAACUGUCGGACAUUUAAUUUGCGUUUUAAUUUACGUCAUCAAACUUACUAUUUAAUAUUAUUAGCAUGUGCAUUUUCGUCUUUAGACGCGCACGUGGAGCGACUUUGCGACAUGACAGUAAGGAACAAAUUGGGCUACAAGCUCGAACGACGAUAAGAUGUGCGAGUGGCGUUAUAAAUAUUGUAAACACAAGCCUGCGAAAAUUUCUUAACGUUAUUUCGCAUACAAACUUGUGGACGCCUUGAGAAUUUGUAUUACGUAAUUCAGGGUCUCCGCCCAUAACGUUACCUUGUGUAUGAGAGUGCCUUAGAGAAUAUUUUUGUAAUUAAUAGGCUAAUUGAGUGCUCUCGAGAUCACGAAGCGCCUACUGUAAGGUACAUCUAACUCUUAUUUUUGUUCUCUCUCGAUUACACUGGGCCCUAAUCAGCCCUUUUCUUAUCCUGGAUAUUGAAUUUUUAUAUUUAAUAGAUAAUCUUGCUCGUUAAGAUAAGAAUUAAUGCCAAUAUCUUCUUUGAACGGGGCACGCGCUUCGUCCCUGGAUUUCACAAUUGUUCUUUGCACUUUGAGAAUCUUCAUGUGAAUGGCCGUCCCUGGCUUGUAGAAAAUUAAGAAUUUCUUCGACUGAUUGUGAGAGGAACCGUUUGAACUUUGUUAAACUUCUUACCGAACGAUAUUCCAGGGACGUAAGAACGUGUUUUCUGAUUAUGCCUAAUGUUAAGCGUUAAUACCUCUACUUCCUUAUGUCAUAGUUACUUAUUAAUUGCGUUGUCGAUGUUGCUGUAUUAUUUUUACUUGAAUUGUUUAUAAUUAGUACUUACUAGCCCUAAGGAUUAUCUAGUUGUUCUCUAUUUUAUUUCUCUUCUCUAUUCUCUUCUUUUCGGGAACACGAAAGGACGGUGCCUUGUACCCGCGAUUCGCCAAUAUUUAUUUUUUAAUAAACAAUUUAUAUAAAAUUCACGCUUAGUACGUUCUUUGAGAACUUUGUAUUUAAUUUUUUUAAAUAAUUCCUGAAUCCGUAUUCAGAUAUUACAGUUUCAAAGUGUGCAAAUCAAUUGUGACAUAAUGCACGUACAUGCUACGUCGAUCAGUAAUGUAAAGUUUGUUAUGAAAUUUAUCAUAUUCCUUCACCUUUGCCUCUAUGCCUUUUAUUAAAUGUCCCAGACAACACGUGUAUCCAAAAGUCGUCUUUGAGAUGCCUUAAAGAUAAUUUCUGUUACUUUAGACGCUCUAAGACGACUUUUGGAUAUUUUGUAUUGUCCGGGAUAUUAUACAUACGUAAAUUAUAAAAGGCGAAUGGAUAUUGAUUACAGUACAUUUUAAUAUAUAAUUUCAUUGGUCUCGUUGUAAGACAUUCGUAUUCGACACUCCUGGAACGACCUAACGAUAUAUACCAUUGAUCGUUAUAUAUAUUUCUUAUCAAAUGAAAUUCUCUAUAUAAUUAUUUGUACAACUUUAGACACACGUAGAAAUCGAAUUGACAACUCGUGAUAAAAAUAGAAAAGACGUAUGAGGAAGUAUUUGAUAAAUUUAUUGAUACUCAUUUUUCGAGCUCACUUAGAAAUGUUUUAGCAAAUAUGCACUAUAACGUUAUAGGUUGCAAGCGUUAAUUGUCGUUACACGUUAAUUCGAAAAUGGUCGCACGACGUGACUCAGUUACACUACUCUAGAGGAUUUUUAAACCGAGUUAAAAAUCUGCUGGGCAGUCCCAAAUCUUUGGAAAAUAAAUUGUUGUAACAAAUAAUCCGUUUUCAAUGACAGUAUGGUACAAGGACUCUUUUCAUGUUGCUUUAUGAAGUCAGGAUGUCUAAUUUUUCAUAUUGAAACUAGCCAAGCCAUGGCAUCCAUUCCUGACUCAUAACAUCUACAUUGUAAUAUAUUCACCAAGCUCAUAUAUGUAUGUAUGAAUAAAAUUACAUUUAUUUUAAA